AUAUUUAGUUAGCAUUAAAAUUCAUGGUAUGGAUAUUAUGGCUAAAACUCAAUAUGAUUUUGAUAAUAAAGUAAUAUAUAUAUUAACUUGGAAUGAUUCUGAUGAGAAAAGACAAUCUGUAUCAAGUAAUAAGUCUGCAAGUCAUGUAGCGACUUUAUUUUUACAACUUAAAUCUGAAUCGCAAAAAAAAAGCAGACUUCAAACUUUGGCUUAUGAUAUUCAUAGUAGAAUCAAAUCUGCACUCAAUUUACAUAAUUUUUAUAAUACAAAAUUAGAGCAUGUGGAAUUGAGUAUAAAUGAAUUAUCCAUUAAAUUGCAGAAUGUAGAUUUGAAAAAAUUUAAUUCUCAAGUCUUAGAUUCGAUAGUUCGGGCAUGUAAUGAGCUUCUAAUUUCUCAUAAUAGAUAUUAUCAGCUUGCGGCUGUUAUGUCUGAAAUGGAGCGUGGAUACAAAAUUGAAAAGCAUCAACAAGAAAUAACCAAAAUU